AUGAGCCUGGCCAAGCGCAACAGUGAGGCGGCGGCGAAGUGGGCAGCGAAACGCCGCGAGUCCCAGGAACGAGCGCUGCUGCAAGAGCGAUCCUUAUCGUCGUCGAUUUCGCGAAGAACACCAGCAUGCGGUGAAACACAGCCGCCGCCUAGGAAUGCGGCAUCAACAUCACACGGAGCUAACGCCGCGUACAUGGAAGAUUUCCGAAAAGGCAUGGCCGAUAUGUGCCUGGCCCUGGAAGGGCCAGGUGGCACCAAAGCGAAUCUCGGCCCUUCCGCGGCUGUCGGCCGUAGGCAAUACCAGAGCCAGUACGGUAAGAGCCCCCAAGAGAGGAUCAACCAUCGAGAGCCCCAGGGACGAGCAGAUCGCUUUGGCGGUUCUGCCGUAAUGGGUGGUUUCCUCGGCAGCAAGCUGAAAGAAGGUUGGACGACGGGUGGUGGUGUCGCCGUCGCAAGCGGCUGGCGCCAAGGCCCGUUGGAUGCCGCAGGACAGCUCCUGGACCUGAGCGAUCGCAACCUUCUCUGCUUGAGCGUGCGGGGCGACGAGGCGGUGUUCGGGAGCGCGGACCACUCCCUGUACUGUGUGGACCUGUCGCGGGGGAUCACCACGCGCCAGCUCUACGGCUCUCGAUCCAAGCCCGACGCAGGCCACAAGGAGUGGGUCUCGGUCGUGUGCCACACAGCCCAGGGAGACAUCGCCUCCGGAGGCAUCGACGGCAAGCUCUGCCUCUGGCGCCGCGGAGGAGGAGGAGGAGGAGGAGGAGGUGGUGGAAACCCGGGGGAGGUCCAGGCCCACGCGGGCUCGAUCUCGGCGAUGAAAGCGGACGAAGAGGGGAGGGUUGCGACCAGUGGGUACGGGGGCGCGGUGCGACUGUGGGACUGCAGGAGGAGCGGCGGCCGGGGCGGGGCGCCGCCGCGGUUGUCCGGCGAGCUCUCCGACGGCGGCCUUCCCGCCCCGUGCAUGGACUUUUCCUGGUCGUCCUACGGACGGCGAGCGGUGGUGAUGACGGGGCACCGCGACGGCCGAGUCGGGUUCUUCGACGCCGAGACGAGCGCGAUUGUCGCCGGCGGCCGUAAGGGCGGGGCCCACCGAGGGCACGUGACGGUAGUCGAGGCGCUCGACAACAUGACGGGCGUUACCGGCUCCUGCUUCGCGACCGGAGGGCAGGAUGGCUUCGUGCGCAUCUGGGACCCACGAGCCGGGGAAAUGGAGGGAAGGGGAGGUACCUCGGCGGGUGCAGGGCCAGUGUUAGAGGCACCCGCUCACCGAGGCCCGGAAGGGGUGGGCGCGGUCGGCGGGCUCAUGGUUGCCGGGUCCGGAGGUAAUCGCCUGGCGUCCUUCGGUGCCGACAGGCGGGUGUGCGUUCUCGAGGUUCGAGGGGGAAGAAGCGGCGGCGGUGAUGAUGGUAGGCGUAAUCGGGAGCAGUCUUCGUCGUUGGCCAUCGAGCACGCCUUUGAUGAACACCGAGACUUCAUAUACUGCAUGGAUUUCGUACCCGUGGGCAGUGGGGCCGCAAGAGCGGGUAGUGGCGGUGAUGUUCUCGUGACGGGGGGAGGCGACGGCAUGUUGCUCGUUCAUGAUCUCGACUCGAUGCGUCUAUUGUACGGCCUCGGCUGCUGCAGCGCCGGGGCAGUGCGUUGCGUCGUGGCUAGAGAAAACACGCUAACGGUUGCAGGAGACGACGGCAACGCCAUGCUGUAUUCGUUCGGAAGGGACACUCGGGGAGAAGAAAGUAGAUCGGAAAAGUCAACGAGUCCGACUAGACCAAGUGCCGGCCGUACGUGA